GCGCCCGAUGCCGAUGGCGACCUCAAGGUAUGGAGCUGUGUUACCUGUCGCCGCCGCAAGGUCAAGUGCGACCGUCGCGACCCCUGCGCCAACUGCGUGCGUAACGCGAUCGAAUGCCACUUCCCAGUUACAGGCCGCCUCCCGCGCCGGAGCAGAGAGUCCUCUGCAAGUAACAACAGGCCGUCGCAGGCACAGCGCCAGGCAGAGCUACUUGGUCGUCUACGACGGCUAGAAGACCUCGUCGCCGAGCUCUCCGGCCAGCUCGAGGACGCGGGCCGAGCCCCCGGGUCCGGGGUCCAGCAAGUAUUGUCGGCAGUGGGGUCGUCGGGCCGCUCGUCUGAACCGGCGUUGACGUCGGCCUCUGCGGGUAGGAUGUCCUUGACGGGCACCGAGGAGAUGUAUGAGAAUUUCGGGAGGCUUGUGGUGGAUCAUGGGUCAGGGCCGCGCCUGGAUACGGGCUUCUGGUCUGUCUUUUGUGAAGAGGUUGAACACAUAUUUCAGGCAAUCCAAGACGGCUCAAAUGUGUCUGAACCGGCAGCCAUUCAACACAGAUACCCCGAGGACGUCCCCGUGGCCGCUCACUGCCAUGGAUAUGUCUUUGGCACGCCAUGCGCCACGGCUACCCAGGACGAGGAUCUCUACCCACUACCAUCCCAGGUGCCCUUUCUGUGGAAGACAUACGUGGACAGGGUUGAUCCAUUCAUCAAAAUCCUCCAUGUGCCGAGCGUAGAAGCCAUCAUUGCUCUGGCCAAGGGCAAGCUCAGCUACCAUGGCCAUGGUGCCGGCACCGAGGCGCUUCUGUUUGCCGUCUGUCUCACGGCCGUUGCUUCGCUUGACGCAGAUGAGGUGUCAGACGGCUUCAGAGUCUCGAGGGGCGAGCUGGUGACUCGCUUGCGGCUGGGGACGGAGCGAGCACUCGGCCUGGCGCGGUUUGCAACAACAAGGGACGUGACCGUCGUCCAAGCCCUGGCCAUCUAUCUAUUCAUACUCCCACACAUCGGGGAAGCCCAGCUCGCGUUCAAUCUCGCCGGUGUUCUCGUGAAACUGGCGACCUCCGCAGGACUGCACAAGGAUCCGCUCGACGGAACAUCACCGGACUCGCCGGCUCUCACCGACGUUGCGGUCGAGACUCGGCGCCGGCUCUGGUGGCACAUCGUCUUCCUGGACUCACGGGGCCAGGCUUCCGGCAUGCUUGACACUGGCCUCACUAUAUCAGAAGACUCAUUCACAACCCGCAUACCGAGCAACGCGGACGACCAAGCACUCGCUGCCGAUAUCCCUGCUGCACGUACCGAAGCCGUGGCGGGAAAACGAGGGGUGACACAGUCUACAUUGUCCAUCAUCCGAUGCCACAUUUGGCGGCUGCGCACCCUCCUCCGCCGCAGCCGUGACCAACCGCUGGAGUCGCAACUGCAGAGAGUGCUCGGCGCGAGGGGGGAGAUCGAAGGCACUUUCCUGUCGGAGCCCACAACUACUGGCGCCGGGGCCGCAUACAGCUCGUUCCUCUCCGCAAUCACGGGUCUGUUCUUCGCCAAGAUAGAAGCAGAGAUCUGCAGACAGCAUCUACUCCGCCGCCAGGUCGGGCAGCCAGAUCUCAACCCCGAGUCUCUACUAAUACACAGCCGGUUCUUCGCCGCAUCCGUGUCCGUCCUAGAAACGACACGCGAUCUGUGCUCCAACCCGGCCUGGCAUUCGUGGCGGUGGCAGCUCCAGGGGAGCUUUCCGUGGCGGGUCGUCGGGUCCGUCUUUGCCCAACUGUGCCGGAUGCCCUCGUGGACGCCCGUCUCGGAACGCGCUUGGGGGCUGGCCCGGGAGCUGUUGGACGGCCUCCCUGACGGAUCAAAGGGGCAGGACAUGUGGCGCCGCCUGGACGAGCUGGCAGAGAGGGCGGGAGUCCAUCGGCGGCGGCAGAUGCAGAUGGAG